AUUGCUGGUGUGGUUAGUCACCUCGGAAGCCGGGUUCGGAACUCCGAUCACGGUUGUCCUACAGACAUUUGCGUACCGUCUAUAUAAAACGCAUUAAAUUUAAUCUUGAUUGAAUCUUGCCAAACUAAACAAUUGCCAGCUCGAUCAAUCCAAACCGAAUACUAAUAAGGAAAAAUGGCUGUCUACAUAACCGACCAUUCCAAUUCUGUCCUCAAAACCCACAGUUGGCGCACAGCGUCCAAUUCCGCCACCUACCUCCUACCACACAUAACUCCGACGUCCAAAAUCCUGGACAUCGGAUGUGGUCCUGGCUCAAUCAGUGUUGAUUUCGCCCGCCGUGCAAACCAGGGUCAUGUCACAGGGAUCGAAAACGUCCCUGAUCCGCUCGACCAGGCUCGACACCUGGCCGCCUCGCAAGGCGUGACUAACGUCGAUUUCCGGCUGGGCGAUAUCCACGCUCUCGAGUUCCCGGAUAAUACCUUCGAUAUUGUUCAUGUGCAUCAGGUGCUGCAACAUAUUGCUGAUCCUGUCAAAGGGUUAUGCGAGAUGAGGCGUGUUGUGAAACGUGGUGGGAUUGUCGCAGCAAGGGAAUCCGCGUCUAUGAUCUGGUACCCAGAAAAUCGCGGGAUCGACAACUGGCUCGAAAUUACUCAACGAAUGGGAAAGGCGAAAGGCGGGAAUCCGCAUCCUGGACGGUAUAUUCAUGUCUGGGCGGAAGAGGCUGGAUUUGAUCGGGCGAGUAUUAGGAAGAGCACUGGGUCGUGGUGCUUUAGUAAUCCGGAGGAGAGACAGUAUUGGGGUGGAUCGAUGGAGGAAAGGGUUCGAUCUUCGGGCUUGGCGAAGACGGCUGUCGAGGAAGGUUAUGCAACAAAGGAGGAAUUGGAAAAUAUUUCUAAGGGAUGGAGGCAGUUUGUCGAGGAUGAACAGGCGUGGUUUGGUCUGCUGCAUGGGGAAAUAUUAUGCUGGAAGUAAUUGACCAGGUUGGGCCCUUGUUCUCAUUUCUUAAUGUUUACUCUUGACUGCCGUUAUAUCUCUAGUCAUUUUUUUAGCUUGUUAAGUAGAGAAACGAUAUCUAAGGGUUGAUUUUAUUGUUUAGCGAGGAAGACUUUUCGAGGUAGAAUUUACAAACUAUUGAGGCAUUCAGGAUUGCAAUCAAA